GAAUGUGCGAAAUUGCUGUUCCCCAAAGCUUUAAUGAUUGGGAUAGAAAGUGUAGGCGAUGGAUACGAAAACAAUAUUUUAGAUGCGUAUUAGGAGUUAAAAUUUACUCGUUAAGAGCUACACGAAAUACAACUGGACAACUUGAUCGGUGUAUGAUUGCCAGACUCUGGACACGUCAAACAGCGCUAUCACUAAGGCAUACAGUUCGGAGACAACCAGAGUGGAACUCUUGA